GGUAUAACAUUCCUCUAGGGCAUAGUGAUGUUUCCGAACAACAGUCCAGCAUGCACACCUGUAUCACUCCUCUACCAAGUUCUGUGGGACAACCGAGUCCUACCCGUGAUACGGAUGAGCCUCGCCAAAGGCCCGUUCAGAACCUCUGCUCUCCAUUUCGUGACAGUCGGAUACAUCAUGAUAUUCAAAGCAUGGAAACACAGUCCAAACACAUUACGACGUACCCUCGUCAACUGCCACCAUCUUCUGAUGACACCAGUAAUGAUUCAUCACUGCUUGAAGAUGAACUUCGUGCAUUUCCGCGCCCUCCUUCUGACGUCAUGCGCAACCUGUGUCGGCUUGUGACUCGUGCAAAAAGACAGUUCAAGCCCUAUGACCCGCACCGUAGCCAUGUCCCAAAUGCAAUAGAACUCCGUUUUAUUCACAGGUCUGUCGGGAAAUAUGCUAGCGAGACUGAUAUGAGUCUGGCUGACGUCCAAGAGGGCAAAGAUAUAUUCGAGCGUGGCCUGAGAGGCAUGUCUCAUAAGGUUGUCACUCAAAUUGUAAUCGCGAAGCAAGCUACUCGCGAAUCCAUGCGCUUGCGUGUUCUAACAACGGCCUGGGAGAUUGAGGCAAUUCUGCAAAACAUCAAGGUUCUUGAAUCCAUUCUCGAGCAAGAUGCUCACGAAUACGGUCGUAGCAUUGCGGAUGCUUCAUACUUCCAAAGGUAUUUGGCUGGACGCAACAAGCAGGAGCUUGAAGCUAGCAUGGACUUCAGUGUUGGGGCACAUAGUCACGAUCUUGCAUCGUUCGCUGUUGCUGACGUACAACUUGAUCACACUGAGGCCCUUGCGCGCAAGUUGUGUAUGCCCGAGGAAGCUCCCGUUGAGGCUGUGAAGGGGUAGUCCUCCAACUCCGAUUGCUAGCCUCGUCCUGUUUGGGUGUCGAUUGUUGUAAAUUAGGUGACGAACUCGAUGUGCCAAAGACCCCCCCCCCUCUGCGACAUUAUGCAAUAAAUAUUUGACUCACUCGUAUUUUUUGGACUACGUCAUAAAUUAAUGCCAGUGCUUGUCCGGGGGUGGCUUGCAUUUGUACGAC